AUGGUCAAGCGUCCGCUCCCCCAGUUUGAAGAGCUGGGCCGGGGGUGGGUGCGCUCUCAGGCCGCUUCCCCAAGGAACCUGGCGGGGAGGCUGGGUUCAGGCGGGCGCACGCCUCCCCCUGCCCCUCCGCUCGUUCUUCUCCGCCCGGAGGGCUUCGGAGGGAGACUCCCCGAGGGAGGGGGCGGCCUGGGCUGCGGCAGAGGUCCUGCCGCCGAAAGUGGACGGCAGGCCUGGCCCCGGCGGGGCCAAGAUGGGGGCGUCGGCCGGACUCAGCUCCAGCCCUGCCUCCCCCCGGGCCCCGUUGUCCACCUGGCCGGAGCCUCGCUCAGCGCCUCUCCCACUUCCCCCUUCUUUGCAGGGGUCCGGCCGCCUGCGGCAGAGAUGGAGCCGCUGGCCGCCGCCAGUCAGCUGGGAGCGGGGCGCGAGUCUGGCUCCUCCUCCUCGUCCUCAGCUUCGUCCUCUUCCUCGUCCUCCCCUCACUCCAAGCAGGAGCUGCAGCCCUACGCCGGCUCCAGCCCUCUGAAGCCCAACCAAGUCGGGGAGACCUCGCUCUACGGCGUCCCCAUCGUGUCGCUGGUCAUCGACGGGCAGGAGCGCCUCUGCCUGGCGCAGAUCUCCAACACGCUGCUCAAGAACUACAGCUACAAUGAGAUCCACAACCGUCGGGUGGCGCUGGGCAUCACCUGCGUGCAGUGCACGCCGGUGCAGCUGGAGAUCCUGCGCCGAGCCGGCGCCAUGCCCAUCUCCUCGCGCCGCUGCGGCAUGAUCACCAAGCGCGAGGCCGAGCGGCUCUGCAAGUCCUUCCUGGGCGAGCACAAGCCGCCCAAGCUGCCCGAGAACUUCGCCUUCGACGUGGUGCACGAGUGCGCCUGGGGCUCGCGGGGCAGCUUCAUCCCCGCGCGCUACAACAGCUCCCGCGCCAAGUGCAUCAAGUGCAGCUACUGCAGCAUGUAUUUCUCGCCCAACAAGUUCAUCUUCCACUCGCACCGCACGCCCGACGCCAAGUACACGCAGCCCGACGCCGCCAACUUCAACUCCUGGCGCCGGCACCUCAAGCUCAGCGACAAAGGCGCCACCGAGGACCUCAGCCACGCGUGGGAGGACGUCAAGGCCAUGUUCAACGGCGGCACCCGCAAGCGGACCUUCUCCUUGCACGGCAGCGGGGGCUCCUCGGCGGCCAAGAGUAACCUGCACCCGCCACCGCCCUCCUCGGCCGACCUGGCCCCGGUGCACAAGAGCCUGCGCUGCAGCGGCGGGGCAGACGAGCCUCCCGGGUCGGAGCGAGGAGGGCUGGGCUUGCCCGCGGUGGCGCACGGCCCGGCCGCGGCCGCCGUACGAAGCUACCCAGUCAUCCCGGUGCCCAGCAAAGGUUUCGGGAUGCUGCAGAAGCUGCCCCCGCCGCUUUUCCCGCCGCCCUAUGGCUUCCCCGCCGCAGCCUUCGGCUUGUGCCCCAAGAAGCAGGAGGACUCCCUGGGCGGGCCCGGCGGCGACCCCAGCAAGGCAGGCGGCCUGACGCAGGGCAUGUUCUGGGCACCACCGCAUCCACAGCCGCCCCAGCCGCCGCCCCCGCCGCCCCAGCAGCCCGGCGCUGCGGCCAAGGAGGGCGGCGUCUACCCCUCUUUCCCUAUGUUCUGGCCGGCCUCUGGGAGCCUCCCGGUGCCGCCCUAUCCCGCCCAGAACCAAGCCAAAGCGGCCGCCACCGCCGUGGUGGUCGCCGCCGCGGCCGCCGCCGCGGCCGCCGCGGCCGCCGAACCGCUGGGACUCCGCGGCCACGUGGAGCUGGAGGGCUCCGAGCCGUCUGGCAGCGAGCGGAGCAGCGCCACCCCUCAGGAGGGCUCCGGCCCCGCCGAAGCCGAGCGCUGCCCCAGCGCCCUCUCCAGAGCCACGGCGGCCCUCGGGGAGGAGGAGCGCUCCGGGGACGAGGCCCUGCUGGCGCCGCUGCCGCUCCCCAGAAAGGGCAGCUACCUCUCGGCCUUCCGCCCGGUGGUGAAGGACGCCGAGAGCAUCGCAAAACUCUACGAGACAAGGGAAGUUUACGGCGGGCCGCGGGGCUGCCCGGGCUACCUCUCCCCGGAUUUCCUCAGCGAGGGCAGCUCCAGCUACCGCUCCCUCUCGCCCGGGAAUGAGACGGCGGGCGAGCCCGAUGUGGACGUGGAGUCGAACCGCUUCGCGGAGGACGAAGACGAGGAGGACGAGGCGCCGGUCGGAGAUGCCCAGCCCUCCCCGCCGCCGCCGCAGCUGCUCCUGACCGAGGCGGACGAGUCUCUUGCGGCAGCCCCGGGGGGAGGCCUAGCAACGGCCGAGAAGGCGGCGGAAGCGGAGGAGAUCCCCUCGGAGAGGACCGGCAGCCGGGCUGGCUACGAGGCCUAUCCUUCAGGGAGGGACGACUGUCCGCAAUCGCUCAAAGCCGGGGUCUCCCUGGGCCCCCCCAUCACUCCCUAUCACUGCGCCCCAGACAAAAACGACCCAGAGCACGAAGACAAUCACUCGGCCGCAGAGGAUCUGGAGAGCAAGAAAACCUCCCCAAAGCAAAGAAGCGUCUCGCAGCCCAGCCCGACUCACGCCGAGCGAGGUGAAGAAGUGACCAUCCUCGACGUCACUGGGACGCAGUUGGGAGAGAAGGACCUCGGCGCUCUGGCGAGAGACGAGCUGCAAAGACUCCUCCUGGAGCAGAUGGAUCUCAGGAAGAAAUUGGAACGGGAAUUCCAGAGUCUCAAAGACAACUUCCAGGACCAGAUGAAGCGCGAGCUGGCCUACCGGGAGGAGAUGGUGCAGCAGCUGCAGAUCGUGCGGGAUACCCUGUGCAACGAGCUGGACCAAGAACGGAAGGCCCGCUAUGCCAUUCAGCAGAAGCUCAAAGAGGCCCACGAUGCGCUGCACCACUUUUCCUGCAAGAUGCUGACUCCCCGCCACUGCGCCGGCAACUGCUCCUUCAAGCCUCCCUUGUUGCCCCAGUGA